AUGUGGCCGGAGAGUAGCGCAGCGGGCGAUGAUGGGGGAUGUGGUGGAAUGACAGUUAUUGGGGGUGGGGAGGCUGAUGUGAAAAAAAGUUGGGUUGAGUUGAUUGAGAGGAAGGAGGGAAGAAGAACGGAAACAGAAACGGAGGCAGCUACUCUCGGACAACGGAGAGAGACCACAAACUUGGGCUACACAAAACUGACUGACAGCCAGACAAGACUUACAGGGAAAUAUUUCUUACUAGCAGGAUUAUCAAGCAGGGUGGGGAGCCGCGAUGGUUAA